GUGUGUUUUGCACCAAAUCACACACGUUUUGAAUGCCCAAACAUUGUUGCAGAUGGGCUUGUCAGGGUCUCGUCAACGGCAUGUCCCUCUGGCCAGCAGGGAAACUAAAUGGCCCGCAUGAGGUGGGGGGAGAUGCAGGGCCCAAUGAAAACCCCCAAGUAUUUGAUGUUGAUUUGGAAUCACUAUAUUCUACUGUGCGUGAGGAAUUUGACCAAAACAUGACUGUGAUAGUUCAAAACACACGAAAACUGUCAAUGCAUGAGGGAUUGUUUUAUACUGACGUUUGUUUGGAAAACACACUAACUGUUAAAGGUAUGAUAGAUUGUGGUUCUAUGGCUUGCACUGUGAGCCCUGGGGUUGUGUCUAAGUUAAAGGAUGCAGGAGUAGCCUUGACUGAUUCUGGAGGGUCGAAAACAAAACCUAGUGGGAUGUGUGACAUAAACAUGACUGUUUACGGGUGUACUGUUCAGGUUCCAACAUUGAUUGUUGACGGCCAAGAUGAUGACAUCAUUGUGGGUAGCAAUGUGAUAAAGUACCUGAUCAAAGAGUUGAAAAGUCGAGGAGAAUUGAUUAAAAGAAGGAUGUCUGUCAAUAAGGAUUCUGAGGAUAGUAAACUUAUUCAGUUGCUGGCUAAUGUGGAGAGGUGGAACGGAGCAGUCGUUCCUGGAAAGGUUGGGACAGUUAAACUGAAGAAUUCCGUAACACUUGAACCCUUAAAGGAGCAUUUAGUUUGGGCAAAGCUUUCUAAUCUAAACAAUUUGUCAGCAGGCAGUGCCAUCAUUGCAGAGCCGUGUGGAGCACGCUCCAGACCCAGAAAUAUCUUGAUUGGUCGUACAGUGGCAAGGUUGUGGGCUGAUGGAUGGGUGCCUGUUAAGGUAAUUAACCCUUCAUCGGUGCCCAUUACUCUCAGACGUAACGCAAAAUUGGCUGACAUUUAUCCAUGUUUGGCACUGGAAGACUUUGAUGAUGCAUGUGAAGGCGUCACAAAUGGAGGGUUAUUAUGCCCAAUCAGACAACAUACCAACAAUGUAGAGGUUCAUGACAAUUCAAGUGGUUGCAGUUUGUCUGACAUUGGUGUACCCAGGAGAGACUGUGAGUUCCAUGAUAGGUUAACGAAGCUGGGACUCGCAGGCAUUGAUUUGAGUUCCUGUCAUUUGUCUUCUGAUUGGAAAAAAAACUUGUUGAUCUAAUUGAGAAGUAUGAAUGUAUCUUC